AUGCGUAUAGCUUUUAUUAUACACGUCGUUAAUGCCGGCGAAGAAGAGACAGUAAAACACUUGGGACCAUCAGUUAUCUCCCCGGUCACCGAGGGUAAGUGCGACAGGGGUUACGGUAAAAGGGGUUCCAAUGCAGCCCUACAUAACGCAUUGGGGGUGCGCAAGACUCAAUAAUAUCUGAGGUUGAGUAAGUGAAAUCACUGCCACAUACGUCGGACAUCAAAUAAAUCUCUCUCUUGGUGGACAUCUCUUCUCCUGAACUUCGGAGCAAUAUACUACUUAGAUAUUUGUUUUUUAGUGCGAGAUCAAGGCCUGAAGGUGGGAGAACUUGCAAUUGAAAGCCAGUCUUCUACUGUGCCGUGUUAGACAGCGGUUUCUAAUAUUAAUGUUAUUCUAAUGCAAGCCGGUUUGUUCGAAAUCGUAUUUUGGUAUUUUGAAUAGUGUUCAACGUAUUUUCAGCAGGACCAAAACAGGUAAAAAAACUGUAUUUUGGUGUAAAAUACGUCUAUGUGUCUCGUCCGUUCACAUCGUUAUAGCAGCAUACUUAAAUAGGACGACGCUCAGAUGAAGCAGUCGUGAAGGACGGUAAUGGUGCCUCGUAUUCAGUCAUUUGACUUCGAGAAACUGCUGUGUAGGCAAAGAAGCGCGACUGACGUUAGCGAAACCGCAUUCAGACAUUCAAGUCUUUUGUCCUCUGCUGAACACAGAGAAGCCAGGGAAGGCUGUUCGCGUAUAUGUGGCGGUGAAUCCAUGCAACCUGCCUUCCGUAUAUUUAUAACAACGCCAUUUUUACGAGUUAUUCAUACCAGACCCACGAGGCUCACUAUGGCGUCCUUUCCCCACGCAUCGUGUCCUGAUAAUUGCCAUGAAGCCUUUACAACUUUUAACGACCUAGGAACAAAUAACCACCAUCGUAUACAGCGUUUCUACAAAAUUUAUAAGUGAAUGAAUGUCUGCCGUUCUUUUUAAAGUAGCAAACUCAAAUCGAAAAAAUGUGGAAUACAUUGUAACCGCGUUUGCAAGUUUUAAUUCCGUGGUAGUAUUACUCUGUCUUAGAGCGCGCUCUAAAACCGGUUUUCUAGUGCUUAUUGUCGACAUUUUUGAAGUCUCCCGAACCGAGAGGAAGGGCUUUGGAUGGCGUAGUCAUAACCGCCUGACUAGACUUCUAAAUUUCACCCAAGCGGCGAAAAGUUUCCUUGGAAUAAUUUCCAUGGACAUUUUAAAAGUCCGCUUUCGACUUUGGUGUCUGAUAUAUGUGUACGUUUUAAUUAGUAACUGAAAAUUAACUUUUUCUCCUUGCAGGCGCCUUCCUAAUUCCCUACCUGAUAAUGUAUAUCUUUGGUGGAUUACCGUUAUUUUACCUCGAACUUGCACUGGGUCAGUUUCAAAGAAGUGGAUGCAUCACGGUUUGGAGCCGCAUCUGUCCGCUAUUUUCUGGUAAGCCCUUAUCUCGAAUACGCCUUCUGGGAUAAUUCAAAGUAAGGGAUCGGUCACGCUGUCCUGAUCUCGAGUGUAAGCGCCAUAAGGGCACUGAAAAUAGAGUGGGCCGAAAGAAGAUGCGGAUAUCGUUGGUGGGAAAGUAGCUAACGAUAUAGCGGAAAAUGGUAACCAGAUGUUUCGGUUCGUUUUAGGGUGUGGGUUAAUGUCAGGUUGAGAAAUGAGUUUAGGGUUAGGGUUUGUGUUAAGUUUAAGGGUUCCGGUCAGAGUUAGAUUUUGGAUUGAGGUUUGGGUUUACGUUUAAUGUUAAGAUUAUGGUUAGGUUUGAGGUCAGAGUUAGGAUUUGGGUCAGGGUUGAGGUUGAGCUUUGGGUUGGGGCUAGAGAUUGUGGCAGGUUUAGGGUUUUCAUAAGGCUUAUGAUUACGUUAGGGAUUAGGCUUGCUUUUGAGGUUACUGUUAGAUUUACCGAUAGGUCUGGGUUAUUGCUUUACCGUGUGUCUUGCCAAUCAUGUCCUUUGCGGGGAUGUAAGACUUCCUUUAAUCUCGCGGUGAAUUUGUCAUACAUCAGGUCGAUCUUUUCUGUUUUAACUUUGGCUGCCUCCCCACUAACGAUUUCAUCAUCCCCUUCGGCUAACUUUCCUUUUAAUGCUCACAUUGCGCUUACACUUGGGACCAGGACAACGUAAUCAGCCCUGGUAUAUUUUAACUUAUUAAAUACCGAUAAUUUCUCUAUUGGUCAUUGCACACAUCAACAUCAUGACUUGGCUAGGACGACUGGAUUCGGCUUAAGUGCACAACGGCUAGCCGGGCAUUUACUCCACUAUACAUUUGCCCCACGACGGUUCUCUACAAGCGACGGGGGUGCAGUGGUAACUUGCGAAGUAAGGUGUCUAUUGUGAGGGGAACGUUCGCAGCACCUAACUCACUCUCUGGCUGUCUUCUAGCGCCCGCCUACCUCCCAGGACAGGAUAAGGUCAUGCGCAGUAUAGAUGGGCGUCGGCGCAGUAAGUGAUGUGGUAAAAUCACGCCCACGUGGGCCACACACACACACGCGUUUUGCUUUCAACACACUUACAUGCCAAUCAGAUUUCCAAUUAGGUCACAGGCAACUCAGUGAGCAUGGCUUCCGCAAAGGUCCAUUAAGCGGAAACCAUCGCAGUUUGACCCUCAGGAUGGGGAUGAUCAUUGGACAACUCUUCGGACCCCAGUAUUAGCUCAUUUUGUUAGGGUUCUGCUCGUAGGUUUAUGAUAACGACAAUUUAAGCCCUGGGUCCGCAUCGCGUUGGCACAUACUGCCCUAUACCAUCCGUCAUUUAUCAGAGGCAAGUGUUGGCUAAGUCGGCUGGAAAUGAUUUCGGGCAAAGUACCUAGCAUGACAAAAGUUCUCAUUGUUUUCACUUUAAGAGAAUGUAAAGGGUAAGGGUUGAGCAUAACCACCCCAAGUUGUACGUUACGCUGCCAUCGUUGCUACUUACUUUCACCGAGUAGUGAAGAUUGAUAUGCCAGAAGUUUUAUGCAAUCGCCAUCGAGGUGAAUGCAAAAUUUGCUUCUCAGUGGAUUUUUCGUUGAGCCAUCACCUGCAAGGUCAUGAACUUAUAUUUUCCUUUUUACUCGCCUUCACUUAGACGGUUGCCUUUUUGAUGAAUGUUGGGAGUUCACAUCGCACAAUUACGUGCAUUAUGAACUCUAGGUCGUAAUUUAGAAAACUUUCCCCUUUUGACCUAUCGAAAAAACAUAUGAGGACUAUGUCGGAUGACGUUUUGAGACCCUACGUCGAUUCAGUUACCCCCUCCUUUGGACGCACUGGGUGCAUUGUCUGUGGUAGCAAAUAUAAUUGAAUUAAAAUUUUUUAUCGAUUUUGUGGCAGAAAUUUCUUGUCGCCAAAGGUGUUUUGGUUAUUCGCAUGUCCUAUGCAUAUUCUCCCAUGUGGUUUCUAUAUUAGAAGGUUUCUAGUUUACUUAAACAUGAAUCUUUAAGAGUUUAUGCAUUUUUAUUAGGACCAGUGAAUGGAGACCCCACCCAGCAUGACGGGUGGCCUUACACCGAAUCCCAGGGCGGUACAUAUUCCCAUGUGCUGACCCUAAAUCUAGCACCAAUCAAAAGUCUAACCUGCCUUGAAAUUUAGCGCUAGUUGACCUGUCAUACGUAAUUUAUCCAUUCCUAGCAAGUUUUGAUAUAAUGUGAUUCAGGGAAGUAUUUGGCGAUUUUAAUUCACCACAGCCAACAAACUACGUUGAUGGGCUAAUUCAGGAAAUGUCAACAGAAAUUCCGAAAUGCGUUUUCAUUUCGAAAUGAUUAAAUAAGUAGGGUUGUAAACCAAGUCAACGUGCAGCAUAAUUCUAUAAUAAUUCAGUUAUCCCGGGACGCCGGCUUUUGAACAAACUUCUAUCUGGCUGCGUCCAAAAACUAUGCUCCGUAUAAAAUGACUACAUAAUUAAUAUGCAUUUUUCUCAUUGAUUUUCGAUGCCCUUAAAGAUUUAAUUAUAUUUCAUAGAAACAUGCAUAUAAAUAUUCAUUUUUUGCCCAUUUGGUAGAAAAGUACGUCAUUUUUCAAUUUUACACUCGAAAGAAGGUAUUAUUCGGCUGUAAAAUAGUUGUUAAUUGUAAGAUUUUUUAAUAUCGUGAAAUGGCCGUUCAUAAGUCGUCAUGCCUCUGCAUUUACUAAUGUGGCUUGUAAAGUUAACAAUAUGGAUCAAGUCCACUGCUAAAUGUUAUGAACCCCAUAUCGUCUCCUCUUAAUACCGUAGAGAAAAGUGUGGUUCUCCGUACGCAGAAAAUAUAUGGCUUGUAGUUUAGAAACCCUAAAUGCAAGUGUAACGGCAGCUCGGGUUCAAACUUACUCGGGAAUUGGAAAGGUUUUAUAAAUCCAAAUUAUCCCCUUCCAUCAAACGCAAAAUUGAAAGAAUAUUUCAUUGUCUACUGGAAGAGCAAAUGAAUAAAUAUUUUUAUGCAUGGUUUCUAUACAUUAUAAUUGAAUCUUUAGGGGCAUCGGAAAUCAAUGAGAAAAAUGCAUGCUGCUUAAGUAGUCAUUUUUUACGGAGAAUAGCUUUUGGGUGCAGCCAGAAAGAAGUUUGUUCGAAAGUCGGCGUGCUGAGGUAACUGAAAUAUAGAAUUGUGUUGCAGGCUGAGUAGUUUUACAACCCUACUUAAGUAGUCUUUUCGAAACGGAAACGCAUUUCGAAUUUCCGUUGAUAUUUCUUGAGUUUGCCCACUUACUGUACUAUUUCCACCGAUCUCGAACGACUGGUGAUCGUGGCUUUGGCUUUAUGGAUGAUUACACUAAGUCAUAAACUCUUUUGGCACCGUUUGUAUUUGAUGUGGUGGAGCCACCGGUCUGCGUGGUUGCCUCCUGGUCUGAUGUCACGCUGAAGGACUGUGGCAGUCAGAUCGGCGGUCCAAUUGUCGAGCGCAGUAAACUCAGACCAGAGUCAAUUAGACUGGAUCCGGCAGACUCUACUUUGGCUAUGACUGGGUGGAUACGGCUCCACUGUGAGCCCAUAUUCCCUUUGUAAUCGUUUGAAAGAAGACAGUGGUAGAAGCGUUGAGGACUAUAGCGUUGAAUCUCCCCUUUCCCUCGCAAUGCUCUAGGUUAGUAAUGUAAUCCCUAUUGAGUGCUUUUCCCGACUGACCUUCUUCCUACUGUUAAUUCUUAAGACUUGAUAACAGAUUGGAUGGUCAGUUGUUUUGAGCUGAUGUGGGUUUUGGUAGAGCAUAAACUAGUAAAACGGUUGAUCUUAUGGUGCCGCAUCUAAAGCAACAGAAGCUUAAGGAACCAGUGCUUGUGCGUGGCACGCGUAGGGCUGGACAAUGACUGGGUUCAAAGUCCCAUUCAGCAACAGUUGUGUAAUAUAAGCAGCUUUAACUGUCUAUGCAAUUAUUGAGCAAAUGUCUAGCGACUCACCAGGAGAAGAUAGUGUUUAACCCCAGCCUGUUUGUAAACGCAAACUCAAAAUUCAUUAUAAAACACAAAAAGGGAAAACGUUCCCUGAAGUUCCGUUUGUCAUAGGUAAGUCAGAUGAACGGGGAGUUGAACAUGUCUGCCGACAUUGAUUUAAAGCAGCUGUCAAUGGUGUUAGGUGAUGAGCGCAUCAACAUGUCGUGAUGGUAGGGCAUGGGAGGAGGCGGAUGAGGAGGAGGAGGAGGAACGCCCCGUUAAAAAAUGGCAUUGCGUUAAGUUCCAGGAUGUUUACUUAUUCCGAGUUCUAACCUUAUGACUAACUCUGACCAUAAUCCAACACUAACCUUGACUCUAACUCAUGUCUUUCUAGGAUUUUGCGCAAGGCUGCCUGUAGUACUGAGAAUCUAAAACCAAUUUCAGUUGUAAUUCUGGCAGUAGUUUCGGCAGGCAUGCGGAAAAACGUGUCGCGACCUUCAGUCAACAGCUGCUCGGAACUAUUCACAAAUAUAUAAGUACACAGGGGAAGAAACACGCUAAUUCAGGUUUCCAUGCUUUCCAUGCAUUUACAGGUAUAGGUUUUGGGAUCUGUAUCAUCGCCAGUUACACGGCCUGGUACUAUAACACCAUUAUCUCCUGGGCCCUCUUCUACAUGUUCGACUCGAUGCGAUCGCGGUUACCUUGGGACAGCUGCGACAACUGGUGGAACACCGAACACUGCAUCACCGUCUACCAACAGCUGGUGGAUGACUUGAACGACACGGCUGACAUUUUUCUGCAAAACAGGACCUUCGAGCCCAAUAUGACCUACUUCUCGUCAACAGAAGAAUACUUUUAGUAAGAUGGUCGCUAUUUUUAAGUACGUGCGAAAUGCUGUGGCCAAUCCAUCAGACUGGGUUGGCAGCCUACCAUCCGGGCACUUGACCCUAAAAAGUUAAUACCCAUAACAAUGCAGCCAUAAUAUGGUAAAGUUUAAAAGAUUAUAUGUAAGAUACAUGUGAUGCGUGAAUUAGACUGCUUAAUAUUAGGUCCAUUAUAUUGGAAAUUGUGUCUCUUAUAGGUUUCGAACUUGUUUGGAGGGAGGAUCCAUUUUUAAUGAUCACAAACACCUGCACUUAGUGUUUUCAGUCUGCGUGACAGAUAGUCUUCCGGAGGGAUUUUAUUACUACCUACGCGUAUGUAUUAAGGAAACUCCUUUUUCAAUGUGUACAUAUAUUACAAGGAAGGCUUGCUAAGGUACUGACAGACGCAGACAACCGUUUCACGGUCGUUGUCGAUCGUCAGCACGGCACUGCCCGUCAUGUAACUUAUACAGUGAGGCAUAUUAACUUGUCCAGUGGGCGCGUGGCCCUUUCUUAGUGUGGUAAGAAUCUCGUUUGAUCAGAGCCAAAGACUAGAGCUAGGGUCGAGGUUAGGGCUGAGAUGGGGAUUUGGGUUAAGUUUGGCUGCCGCAUUCCGUCUUACAUAAUUCGGUUUUUUCAGUCAAUAACCCUAAAUAACCUGUUUUCUGCCUUUUUAUGCACUCUUGUUUGCAUCUCUCAAACCUUGUGGAAUGUUUAGACACCGCGCUGGAUUAGUAAAACAAACAAACGGCAGGAAUGCGAAUUUUCUCAUUGUUCUUCACAGAUUUCGUAAAAUACUGUGUCCAGCACAAGAAGGCACGAUCACUGGGACGGUAUAUUCAUUGGCCUUAGCUUUCAAACUCGAAAUGGAGUUCAUCAUCAGAGACUGCUAAAGUGCAGCAACGUGUGAACAUUUAUAUCGUUGUGCCGUGUAUUGGGGGGGGGGGGGGGUACCACGUCCGUGGCUAGGUCCGGUUUGUGCCACCGGGUCCACGAUGGUCCCCCGGCGUGGUGAAGUCGAUUGUACUUCGCGGCGAUGUGAGCUGCGCCACCUGGCUGCGUGGGCGGAGUGCGUGAUAACACGCGGGCAAAUCAAUGUGUCUGUUGAUAGGGUUGGUGUCCGACACCCGCGCCUCCAACAGUUCUCUCCCCGCCUUGUUGCCAGCUCGCGCCAAUAUUCACGUGUUGGAAAAGUCGAACUCAUGGCCUUCCUCCAGCGUGUGAGUGGAGACAUGAGAUAGUGGGUCGCCUCUUCGAACGGCCCGUUUGUGCUCAAGUAUUCGUGAGCUGAGACGUCGUCCUGUUUGUCCUGUUUAGUGGCAAGGACAGUUAUGGCAGGGGAUUUGAUAGACUACGUCCGACUGCUCACCUGCGUCCGGCCGAUCCUUCAUUUUCAUGAUCCUGCUACGCGUGGUAGCCGCAUACCUUUUACACCCUUCCUUCGGGCUCGCUACAGUUCGUUUUUACCCGGUCGAAAAGCGCCCUCACACAGCCGCGUUUGCGCAGCAAUGGGUAGUUGACACCACCCAGUUCGAGUUCGAAGGCCAAUAAAUCCACCGGUCCAGUGAUCGUGCCUUCGUCUUCUUCUAAACAUGAACCUGGAAUGCACAUAUUCUCUUCCAUUCGUGAGUACUGUGUCCAUCUGUCCUAUUGAUAAAACUAGUAUUUACAUCCAUUUAAAAAUUAAAAAAGUUCCUUGCGUUUUAUUGCCUCUGUGGUGCUACAUGUCCAAUUGUCGCCAUAUUCUCGGCGAUGAAUUGCCAUCUCUUAUGCAGGUUUGUAAUCCUCUCUUCGCAAUUGUUUUUUCUUGUCCCAAAGUAAUCGCGUGCUUCAAAUUCAGUACUCUGAUGGUUUCAACAAAAUGGGCACCGUCCGGUGGGAGGUGGCGCUCUGUCUGGCAGCAGUCUUCACCAUUGUCUAUUUUGCACUCUGGAAGGGUGUCAAAAGUAGCGGAAAGGUAUGUCGGCUUUAUUUUUGAUAACGUAAGCAAAGAAAAAUACCUACAGGACCCAGAAAGCAUUUGCGAAGCAUGAGCCUGAUUGGCUGGCUGCCGUGGAGAUAAAAUUAUCGACUCAUUGACUCAGCCACCGUUUUAUCAGUUUGCUAAGAGUAGCAAAUGUUGUGGCGUAGUGAUCAGGGAUGUGUCUUGACCCAAAUUAAUACAUAUUUAAGGAGUGUAAUUACUAAGUUAGUUAGGUAAUUCGCAUAGAAGGGCGUCGGCUCCUUUCUUGGGUGAAAGAUAAUCAUCCUGAUCUUGUAGCAUCUUCUGAAGUGUAAAGAAUGAAUGUUUUAUGAAUUUUUUUUCAUUAAUUAUAAUUGGACUUUUAGGGUCAUCGAAAAUCAAUAAGAAAAAUUCAUGCUUAUUAAGUAGUCAUCAUUUACAGAGCGUAGUUUUUGCAUGCAGCUGGAAUCAUUCUUUACACACGCGAAUGAAAUGUCAAUAUUAUGAGUGAAGGAUGAAAAGGAAUGGAGUAAGCUGUUUCGUUGCAUACACAAUAACGAUGCAUUCGACUUUGUCGGCGAGUUAGGGCCGCACAACCAUUAUUUAUUAAAGUAGGUUUGCUAUCUCAUUAAAUAUUAACUGAAAUUCUGAAAUGCGUUUUUGGUCCAAAAUACUACUUAAGAAGGGUUGUAAAGCUAAUUAUCAUACAGUAUUAUUCUAUAAUAAUUCAGUUACCUCGGGAUGCCGGUUCUUGAAAGAACUUUUAUCCGGCCACCUCCAAAAAUUACACACUGUAAAAACUGACUACUUUAGUAGUACGAAGUGUCCUCACAGAGUUUCCAUCCCUUUAAAAAUUCGACGUUAUUUCAUUGGAAAUAUGCACCAACAAAUUCGUACUUUUAUUUAUCGGGUAAAAAUAACGUCUUUUUUAACAUUAUACGUGGAGGAAGUGUACGGUUCGGUAUUAAAAACCUUCCAAAUUUCCGAAUAAUUUUGAACACGGCCUACCUUUGAACUUGCAUUUAGGGUCUAAAAACUACAAGUUAUAUAGUUUCUGUGUACAGAAAACGAUACACUUCUCUACGGUUUUAAGAGGAAUCUUUAUGGGGUUCAUAAAAUCCAGCAGAGAAUUUGAGCCAUAUUGCAAACUUUGCACGACAUAUUGGUAAAUGCAGAGCAACAACGUUUAAAAAGCUCACAAUUCGACGUUUUAAAACCGAAGCAUAUCUUCCCUUCGAAUAUAGAUUUGGAAGAAGAGGUAAUUUUCUAUCAACUGAAUAAAAUGAUAAAUAUUUUUAUUCCUGUUUUCCAUGAAAUAUAAUUGAACUUUUAAGGGCAUCGAAAAUUAAUGAGAAGAAUUCAUGAUGCCUAGGUAGUAAUUGACAGAAUGGUAUUACCAACAAAGACAAAUGUCGGUAAUACCAUUCUGCCUAUAUAUCAUGCGCCGCUGUGCGGCUGCUAGUUGGGCUCGAGAGAGAGCCCUUAAGGCAUAACGGAACGAGUGAGUUCCGUAUGAACGAUCGGUGAGCGCCCCCUACCAUAGGUAGUAAUUCUUUACAGAGUGCGGGUUUUGCAUGCGGCCGGAAAGAAGUUCGCUCGAAUAUCGGAAUCUCGAGGUAACUUAAUCAUUAUUAAAUUAUGCUGCUUGAUUAUUAACUUUACAACCCUUCUAAAGCUAUCUCUCUGGAAUGAAAACUCAUUGUAAAAUUUCGGUUUAUUUCACAAGAGUUAGCACACCUACUGUACAUAACUGAACUUUAGAGCUCGGAAUGUCUUUACUGUUGGGUUAUGACUAACGUAAUAAAAUAUCGCCCACCCUUGUUAAGCCCUCAGUUCCACCUCUCACAGUCCAUCGUCUUAGUUUUUAAGGCCAUUUGACGCAGAGGCUGCAGCAGAUAACACUGAAUUUGUCAACUACAUACGCUCUUUGGCUACGUACUCUAACUACGAGUCGAUUUUGCACACCGGUUCCGGCCACACACUAGGUUUCGUCGUCACUGCCAACUGCUGUUUGUCUCCGCCAAGGUCUCAGACAUCGGAUUGGAGAUUCAAGCAUCUAACGGCAUUUGCUUCUGACUUCUAUCAGACUGCGGUUUGUCGGCAUUAUCUUCUGAAUGGCCUCUGCCCAGCCAAUGUUCACCGUGCAUCUAGGGGGAUGUGAUGUGCAUGUAGUUUUUGCAGAGGCUAACUUUGAACUCACCACUUUCCAACGACUGCAUCCAGCAACAAAACUUCUGGUUAGUCUGAAACCAUUAAACAGGUAAAUGGACUAAUGGGCGCGGUUUACUAUGAGUAGUGUAUGACAAUGUUAACAUACGAGCACCAGUGGAUGGACACACUUAUUUGAUCUUCUACUCCUGUACUCCGAUUUCCUUAUGCUCGUUUUUACCGUGUUGUUCAUACUACUCGAUCCGCGAGUUUUGAAAACGAGUGUUUUUCUUUUUUCUACUUUGUAGGCUGUUUGGGUGACGGCUACUCUGCCCUAUGUGAUUCUGACCAUUCUAUUGGUGCGUGGCCUCAUGUUGAAGGGAUCGCUUGCUGGCAUACAGUACUACCUGACUCCCAACUUUGAACAGCUGCUUAACAUAAAGGUAUUGCUAUUUCAACUGUGGAGUCACGUAUGUCUAAUCGUUUUUGCUCAUAGAUGUAAACUGAAUGUUCUUGCUGAAAAGUAUUUUUAGUUUUCUGUUUGCCAUUCACAAGCACCGGAUUGUGCUCAAAAACUCUGGAAGCAUUAGCCGGUGUAUGAAAAAUCACUCAAAUGCUGUUGUGAAAGUGAUAAGUGCUGAGCUGGUCUCAAGUGAUCUGAUGAUCACUGACACACUGGCCUUCGACGAAUAGUCCUUCCAGCUACAUCGAGUGAAGUGACCCACGAAAAUAUUUCCAUCUUCGUUUAUAAAAAACCACAGACGGAUCUCAACCUCCUAACUCCGGUUAGCCACACAUUACAGCACUAAAUGACUCAUGCGAUCAAUAAUUUUGGACAAAUGCUGUAUUAGUACGGACAGCCAACCACAGACGCCAACGUAUCGAUUUUUCUAUUCUCCUCCUCUGAUUGGAUAUGUACUCUAAUGAGUCCAUCCUUGGCGUUCGACUCUGGUUGGCGCACGCCGUUUGUUGGGACAAACGCGUCUAUUUUACCUAAACAGGAGUGGGAUCGGGGACUACGACAUCGGAUUAACCGCCGUGCCCUCACAGCGGACUGCGCUGUACUAAAACGGAGCCAGGCGUCUAUCAGAUGGUGAUAAGUCCUCACAAGUUCAUAACUGCUGCCAUGCAUGCGUGUGUGCCAGGUCAUAGACGCAGACAUUAGCCCCACGUCAGCUACUGACUAAUUCCAUCGCCCAAUGACUGGCAGACUUGAACAAUAGACCGGUGCGUGUUAGUGGGAAGGGAAAAUGAAGCCGACACUGGGGAUCCUCCGCGCCCCAACGGCAAAAAAUGUCCUCCUCGUCAUAACAAAUCUGGUGCUCCUGAACCUAUCAGUCAGUCAGUCAGACAGUGUAUUUGGGGGGAAAUAGGCUUUCUCCUUUGAACUCCCUAUUUGUACAUAAAAAAUCGGGAAAAUAAGCAAAGAUGUGAAGAAAUUACAGCAUUAAGUGAAUGCAGACAUUGGUUCACAUAGGUCACUGGUCUCAUGAUUAAAAAGCCACAUAGUCCGCUUGUUGUUGCAGCAUAUGUUUGUCAAGCCGACUUUUAAAUGUCUCCACAGAUUGAGACAUGACAGUCGUCUCGAGUAGGUUAUUCCACGGUUCCACGACACGGCUGGAGAAGAAAUAUUUUCUCACAUUAAAUCUACCCUGGGGCACAUGUAGCUUGAAGGGAUGUCCCCGGAGGUUAGUUGUAGUGGCGAGCUGAAAAAAUUCGUCGCACCGAAGGGCGCAGUUCAAGCCACGCACGAUACGGAAAGUUUGUAUCAAGUCUCCGCGAAACUGCCUAUAACUCAGGGGAUAGAAAUUAAGGUUAGUUAAGCGGAUCUCGUAUGGCAGUGCACUUUGACCUCUCAUUAACUUUGUUGCUCGCCUCUGCACCCUUUCGAGCAGAUUGUAAUCUUGAUGCGUCCACGGUCUCCAGGCCUGAAUUGCAUAUUCAACUUGCGGCCUUACAAACGUGCCGAAGGCUUUGAAGAGACAUUCUUCAUCGAAGACUGUGAAUGCCCGUCUGAUAGAGUACAACAUUGAAAUUGGGAUUUUAACUGCCUCGAGACAUUGAGUAGAAGGCUUUAGGCUGUCUGCAACCCAGACUCCGAGAUCUUUCUGCGUUUCUGCUUCUCGGAGUGGCAUUCCGUUCAGAUGUUAUUGCCGCUUACUAGGGGUCUGAUUUCCGAGGCGCAGUAUGGUACAUUUAUUCAAAUUGAAAGACAAGUGCCAUCUGCGGAACCACUCGUCCAAUCGACAAAGAUUUCCUUAGAAGUUGGUCUCAUCGGCAGCAUUCUGGAUGACUUUCCAUAUUUUUAUGUCAUCCGCAAACAUGGCACUGUCACAGACCAACCCAACUACACAAUCAUUGAUGAACAAGAGAAAGAGGGUUGGUUCGAGCACCGAGCCUUUUGGGACUACACUCUCUAUGAAUGUGCGCCUUAACUGCUGUUGUUCUAUGCAGACAGUUUCACUGCUCACUAAGGGUUGUGGCGUGGAAUGUUAUUAACCGACGAUGUAGCUCGGUGCUCAUGGGAACAUUUAGAACCACUGGGGAUGGAAGUCAGGUUGCAGUGACUUCUCCUUAAUGCAGCAUUAGCGGGAUCUGCAGUUGCGUGAGACGCGUACUGCCCCUACGGAAGCCUGCGGGGUACGGAAGAGAUGCCGGGUCGUGUGCGUGGCACGCGUAGACGGGCUGCGUCUGUUCCUUUGGACACUGACUGGCCAUUGGUGUAGGGUGGGUUAAGGAAGUCUGCUCUACUAGGAAUCGGUUCAAACGAACCUCAUCGGUUGCAUCCACUCAGCGUUGAAACGUCGUCGCUUAAGGCUUUCAGCUUACUGGCCAAAAUAUCCCCGCAAUAUGUACUUCGUCCACUGCCUGUUAUUUGAGGGACUGUAAAGUCCUUCCCUAUGAUUGAUUUGCCAGCAGCCACAUCUUCUUGGUGACUUUCCACACUAUCGCUCAAAUGUACGGGUUGUUAACUAUCUGCUGGCUCGAGCAGAACGAAUUUCCAUAAGUGAAACGAUAAUUUCACUUCCCCCGUAGCUUAGAAUGUACGCCUGAAGCUCAUUUCGAGAGUCAGAUUAUCCAACUCUAAACACGAAAUAUGAUUGGCUGGUCGAGGAGGCAGUGUUCAAUGAAGUAGAAACAGCUGGAUGAGAUUUAUGGAAAGCCUCUUUGGUCGUGGGAGAAGGGUCUCAUUAUCGGGAUUCGCGCAGAGGGGAUUUACGACAGGCCAUAACGUCCUAACUCAAUAAUGGUCGUCCCAAGUAUGAUAUGUAGAACGGGUAGGAGUGGCUUCGAUAUUGCGGUAGUCUGUUCCAUUCUAAAUCGACCUUUACGCACGUUACUUCAGCCGCUUUGUUGUGGCAUUUAGAGGACAAUAUGUGAUGCAAAGAGCUGUAGCCCAAACGCCCCAACAGUUGUAAUCUCCUGCCUGUCCUGUACGGCAAUUCGCACUUACCUCUUGGGCUGAAUUUCAGGUGUGGAACGCGGCCGCAUCGCAGAUCUUCUUUUCCCUCGGCCCGGGCUUCGGAGUCCUGUUGGCGCUGUCCAGCUACAAUAAAUUCCGCAACAACUGCUACGGGUAAGGCGGAGGAGUACACUGCAUACAUCUCCUCCCCGGGAGCAUUCAAUUUUGUCCCUAACGGUUGGCCUCUUUUUGCCCUUCCACAGAGACGCGAUGCUCACAAGUUUCAUAAACUGCGCGACCAGCUUCCUGUCGGGGUUUGUAGUGUUCUCCGUCCUGGGUCACAUGUGCUACCGAAUGAAGAAGGAGAUGUCUACGGUUGCAAAUGAAGGUUAGCUGUUUUUCAGUCCUCAUUUUGGUCUGAGGGGAUGCUGCCGGUUAUACAGUAGGUGGGCUAAAUCAUGAAAUGUAACCGAAAUUAUGAAAUGCGUUUUCGUUCCGAAAAGAUUAAUUAAGUUGGGUUCCAAAAUUAAUCAUUGUACAGCGUAAUUCCAUAAUACUUCAGCUACCUCAAGAUGCCGGCUUUCGAAGGAACUUCUUUCCGGCUGCAUGCAAAAGCCACACUCUGUAAUGAAUGACUACACGAACUUUUCUCAUUGUUUUCGAUGCCCUUAAAUAUUCAAUUAUAUUUCAUAGAAAAAUAAUUAUUUUCUUGCUCAUUCCGUAGAAAAUGCCAUCUUCUUUUAAGUUUAUACUCUUAAGAAGGGUAUAAUUCGGUUUUCAAAAACUUUUCCAAUUCCCGAAUAAUUCUGAACAAGGCCUGACGUUACACUUGCAUUCAGGGGUUUCCAAACUACAAGCCGUAUAUUUUCCGCGAACGGAAAAUCAUACAUUUAUCUACGGUAUUAGGAGGAGACCGUAUAGGGUUCAUAAAAUUCAGCAGUGGAUUUGAGCCAUAUUGUUAACUUUACAUGUCACAUUCGUAAUUGCAGAAACAUGACGUUUUAUGGACGGCCAUUUUAGGGUAUUAAAAAAUCUCACAAUUAGAAACUUUUCUAAAACCGACUUUUUCCUUUCUUUCGAGUAUAAAAUUGGAGGAAGACGUAAUUUUCUGUCAAAUGAGCAAAAUUACAAAUAUUUUUAUGCGUGUUCUACAUGAAAUAUAAUUGAAUAUUUAAGGGCAUCGAAAAUUAAUAAGAAAGAUUCAUGCUGCUUAAGUAAUCAUUUUUUACGGAGUACAGUUUUUGAAUGCGGCCGGCAUGCUGAGGUCACUGAAUUAUUAUAGAACUGUGCUGCAUGAUGCUUAGUUUUACAACACUCUUUUCGAAACGAAAACGAAUUUCUGACUUUCGAUUGGCAUUUUAUGAUUUAGCCCACCUACUGUACCGGCAUGGUAAUCCGUCAAAUUGCUGCUGUGGUCCAAGAAAUAGCCCGCUUGAUUUAAUUGCAGAUUUGUGUUAGCGUAUUUGAAUGACACUUGGCUGGCCUCCCAUUGGUAAAUCUCAUAGACGCUUGUGGGGAGUGAGAAUGGUGUUCAGUAAGUUAUCCUAACUGCAAAAUGGGAAACUGGGCAACUUCGAUCAUGCAUUUAAGACAUCGGCACGUGGUGCUGACUAUAUACUAUACUAUGGUACAUGACUUGUCCAUCAGGAAGCAAGAAGCAUAACAGAGGAUGAAAUGAGGGCUGGAAUUGCAGAUGGCGAUUGUUUGUUGUUAUCAUCAGUCCGUCAUACCCAAACCCUAAUCGGGAAAAGCUGAACGCUAACUUGAUGAGAGACCGAAAUCGAGUUCAAAUCUUAGGCUUCAACUGUUUGAGGUUUCUUGUCUGAGGACCGUAGAUGAGUUCUAGUUUUAAUCGUUAAGUCGAAACGAAACCGCUUAUUUUGCUCUGCAAAUAAGUUCACCCCACUGAAACCGUCGGGGGUUGGAAGCACUUAUUCACUCCGAUGCUACAGCGAAGGAUUCGAAUUUCAGGUCUUUCUGUUGUAUAGCCAACACAGAUAGAAAAGCCUGAAAUGUUCAGCAUGGCUUCCGCCUCUGUCUGACAUAAGCACGGAAUUUAUGUGAUAAGAGAAUAUGCUUGGAAAAGGAACUACGAUGAGCGACUGUCAAGUGUUCUGAACUACUAGUCGUUCUAUUCCUGAACACAAACACAGCUUAUCUCUUUAUUCGUUCGAACUUUCUCCAACUUACUUUCUGUUCUCUUUUAUUGAUUAAUGAAAGGGGCUGCUCCAGUUAGGUUCACGGUCCCUGGUAUGCAAACCAUGCUACUACAUACCAAUCAGCAGUAAAUACGGUUACACUUUAAAAUUACCUGCUCAAACAGGCUCAUGUACACCAUCAUACUCCCGUUAUUUUUCCCUCUCCAUAUUGAUUAGCCUUUGUUUUUAAUUUUAACGGCUGAGGAAAUCGAGGCUUCACGCUUGCCCUUCACCCUUAUUAAAACUGAACGAAGCUGAAAAGCCAAUACUCCUGAACUUUUGCAAAAAAUAUGUUGAUAGGUCACACCGCCUUAUGCUCAUCUAAUUGAUUUUCCUGUUAUUCUCGGUGAUUAUGACAGGAAUUUUGGUAACUACUUCCCGAUACUCGAGCGUUUUUAUAUUACGAAUAAAACGAAUCCUUUAUACUAUCAGUUACUUAUCUGUCCAAAUUACAAACUUCUGCUCAGUGCUUCUAGUUGGUGAAUAGCAGUUGCCUAAAUAACAGUCCUCUGGGCGCAUCAGCUACGCGUUGCUACGUCCUUUUAUCGUAAUUGCACAUUUUAUUUUUAGAAAUACGCUUACUGCGCAUCUACAAAUGUUACUCGAAAUUUUUUCAGUGCCAUUACACCACCUUGCCAACUUGUUGAGCGAACUGACGUCCAGUCCAGGGCCCAACAGGCGGUAGUGUAGUGUUGAGUGAUGAAAGAAUGCAAACUAGAGUGAUCGGUUCCGCGGCGUGGGCCAGGAAAACUGUUGUUCAGUUGUCAUGGUGUCAGACUGAACCACACGAUUUCGGCUGCCACAGAGAGUAUUCAAAGGCACAUGGUAGAGACAGUCAACAAUCUGAAGGAACACCCUCCCAUCAAAGUUAACAUUCCCCCUGACUACGGACAGAAAAACGAGUCCGUGAAGCAAUGGUAGAGCGUUCAACUCGCUAAUGCUAAAUAACCAAAAUAAAACCAGUUGGAAUCUUAGUUACCCCAAAACCUAGAAUCGGGUUGGGGUGGUCGUCGAUGGCAUGAAUAUCCUCGUCAGCAAUCCUUCCUGAAAAAUAAAUGUGUCGUUUCGUUCUUGAGCACUGGAAUUCGAGGUUGAAAAACGACUGACCGAUGACGUCAUGCGGGUCUAAAAUGGCAUGCCAGUCAGUACUUACAUUUUUCCAGUAAAAUCAUUUCGACCGUUAUAACUGUGUUCAGUUUUCGUAAAGAAGAAGAAUUUCAGACUAUUCAUACGAUGCAAAACUAAUACUGAUGCGUUUUUCAAUUAAGUAACUUGUUAUCAUUGCAAGACCAUGGCAGGUCAAUACUUUGAGUAGAGAGAUCCAACUAAACAAUUUUCUACCAAGAGUGUUACCAUUAGCCAUAAUGGCCGGUGGGUUCAGGAGUUAACCGGGUUUCUGACGCUAGUAUGCCAAAGGCAGUGAUUAAAAAAAUCUAACUUUUUUAUGUGGCCUUUCAAGCUAGUGUCUCACUUAAUAACUGUGGAACAGCCGUCAAAUCCAAAUCUUCCCCUACUCACGUCUCCUCUUUCAAACACUUUUAGGUCCGAGCUUGGUAUUCAUUGCAUAUCCGGAGGCAAUUGCAACCUUAUCAGGAUCAACAUUCUGGGCAAUUAUUUUCAUGCUGAUGCUCAUUACGCUAGGGCUGGACAGCACGGCGAGUUACAUUUUACAAAUAAUUAUUACUUAAUCAUAGAAGUAGAUAGUUGUUAUAAUAUUUAUUUCGUUUUCGAUGCAGUUCGGUGGACUUGAAGCCAUUAUCACUGGAAUACUCGAUAGAUGGCCAAGACUUCGUCGACGGAGGGAAAUUGUGGUUCUCAUAAUGGUUAUUUAUUGCUUCCUGGGAGCGCUUCCAACAACCACCAACGUGAGUUUGCGCAAAAAUUCAAAAUGCAUAAAACUGAAUUAAUUCAAACCAAUGACUUCACUUGAACUGCAGCAACAAUUUACUCUUAAUUAGGGUUGAACGACAUUGUUUCGUCAAGAGAACACUCGUUAGCAUUGAAUUCCGCUCUAACCAGGGAGUUGGCAUCAGUUUUCCCAGCGGGCAAUCAAGCCUUAUUGAACUAAUUCCCUUUUGAGCCAAGGGUUUAAUUUAAUCAUCCUACCUUGCCCUACGAAGCCUGAACGCUUUAACGCAAAAUUCCUCGCUAGAUUCCCUGCAAGACAUUUUAUGCAGUAAGCUCCGACCUCGUGGAAAAGCUUUUAUAUCACAGCAUUUACGCUCAUCGAGUACUCCUUCACAUAGUUGUAAUGAAUUUCGUGCCAAUGACCCUCCCCGAACUAUGAGAUUUAGCGAGACAGUGCCCUUUAAAUAAACGUAGAAGUACUGUUAACAAUCUUGUUCCCAAACACAUACACUUUCCCUAAAUUUCUGCCACACGAUUCCGACAGUACUGAUUGGUUUAUUGGCCAGAGAAAUAGCGAAUUUAAUGACGAUCGCUGACUUGUUUUCUGUGCUAAGUCAGUUAUGUUUCAGUCCUAAGCACCUCAGAGCAGUCUCAGAGGGGGGCCAUUGAUUUUAAAAACUAGCCAAUCACCAUCAGCUCUAUUAACUCCGCUGCUUGAUGUCAUGUUAUUUCUGACUCUCGACUGCUUAUGUGUCCUAAGUCUGCAGCUCCAAUAAUUCUUGAAUAGUUUUCCAUUCUCAGAUUGGCAAGGGUGAGCGAUCCGAAUUGAUGAUUUGAAGAAAAAAGAUGGACUCACCGGAACGGGUUUAUUUAGGUGCUGACGUUUCGAAGAGCUUGAUCGGCUCCUCAUUGCCAAAACGUAAAGUGCACUUAGUCAACCAGAAAUUUCAAGUGGCAUACCGCGUCGGUCGGCCACUGAUGAUCGAUUUUACUCUGCUUUCACUGCCUCGGCCUCUCGGUAGAUGGUUGGUGGGCGUCUCAUCUGCGAAAUUUGUGAGUCCCCGCUUCGUCGGGAGGAGUUGAUUGAACCUUUGUCAGGUGGUCGGUCUGGUGGUUCUUCUUUCUCGCUGAGUAGACUCGCAUUCGGCCUGCCUACGUAUGGUCUUCUUAAGUCCAGUGUGGUUACUGAAUCCUGAGUUCUACGGACGUGAAGACGUAGGACUUUGUAGACUGCAGGAAGGUCCAGAUGUCUGUCGAUGGUGUUGGCAACGGAGUGCCAAGCGUCGAGUCUUAGCCGUUUUGCUUUUGCGUUGCCCCGGCCUAAGAUGGUAGCUCUCUGGGCUCGUUUUCUUGUCGGUUACGACCGAGAAUAUACAAUGGUAGGGGGCGGGAUCGAGACCCAGGUGUUCCACGUUUCGGGGUUGGGUAUGACCGACUGACGACGACUAAUAAGCCAGAAAUGGCCAUUCCAGUCUGUCUUGCCUUUGUCGGCAAUGUUAUUCUGCCUGCAGUACGCGCCGCUGUGCAGCUGCUGGUUGGGCUCAAGGAAGAGCCCCAAGGCACAACGGAACGAGUUCGUUCCGCAACGCGAUCAGUGUGCGUCCUUCUAUCACCAAACAGGAGUGAUCCCGAAACUUCUAUUCCAGGAGCAAUUUGGCAGAAUUGAAGAAUUUCUACUAUACUCAAGGAGCCAUAGAAGGCUUACUGCUAGUCAGCCCGUCACACGGUCUUUUUCUAAAACUGAUCCUGAUGCUAGUAUCUGCUGCAUGCUAUGCCAAAGUUCAGAAUAUGCUUUAUCUUGCAGGGCGGCUAUUAUGUGCUGACUCUCUUUGACACGUACGGGGCUCCGUUCUCAAUCCUUUUCAUCGUCAUCUGUGAGUGCGUCGCGCUUUGUUGGUGCUACGGUAAGUUACAGUUUGCCCUCGGUCACAAAGAAUUUUCAACUAAUUCUCAGAAAGGGACUUUUUUGGUUAUGUCUCUCAGAGUAAGACAGGACAUCGGAUUACCUACACGAAAGCUUACUAGGGAUCGAGCAAUAUGGUACUGUGCGCUUUUGCUUAACGGUCAGCGGUAAUUGUCCAAAAACUUACAGUUUUGUGAAAGAAUUUAUAUCUUCAUCGUUUGAAUCCCCUUCGUCUUCCGUGGCCCAACGAGCUGAUUAAUUAUUAAAGCCAACCAAAUUACACGCCGUUUGCCUUUGCACGGAUAGCCACAGAACUUCUGGGUUGGCUGACAAAGCUCCAAUACGAUCAGACAGACCAAAAAAGCGGAUAACAGAAUGUAAAUUCACUCUUGAAUUCAUUAUCAGAGACCAAAUCCGGUAAAGGUAGCGGCCGCGCGGCAGAGAAUUAUGAGUGUGAUCCGCUUGCUGUACAGACGCGUGAUUACUAAAAUUAGCAGCCCCGCAGUCAUCGCGGGUGUUCACACUCCGUACGAUAAUCAGUUGUCCCAACUUCAUGACUCGUGUUGGUGACUUGCGAAAUAAGCACUAGGCCACUUGGUUCACGAGUGCUGCCACUAAAAUUGGCAUUCAUCCACGUGCUCCCCGCGCGGCUAGUUUCUCUACCCGGGCCCACAAAUAGACCAAGUGGUACAUGGGUUGACUCAACGCGGGGGCAUGUUCAGGACACGGCGCGCGUUAUUAAGUUGCCACACAUGGGUACGUGGAGUGGUGGCACACCUAGGUGCAGGCCCACUUGGCGCCGUUCACCUGAGCCCGUUUCCGCCUCUGGUCUUCAUGACUCUGUCUUGACACCUGACCCGAGGAGGUAGGGCAUGACAGAGUGCAGUGGAUGAAGCGCAAGUCCACAGCAUUGCAAAAGACUAAUUCACGCGCAAGCCAGUCUCAGCUCCCACCAUGCUAGGGGGCAUACGGUGGACACCGCCCUAGCAUAAUCGCAGAACUUAAGCAGCAGUCUUUACACCUGACUCGAGGGGGUAGGGGACGAGAGAAUGCAAUGGAUGAAACGCAAGUCUACUAUCGGAAGACAUUCAGUCACGCGCAAGUCACGGUCUCAGCGCCCACCAUGCUACGGGACAUACGGUGGCUGUCCACAACGAAAGUUAGCAAUGAAUAUGCCUUCGAUCCAUAAGAAACCUUUCCUUAAUAAGUUACAUCUUUACGAAAUGCUUUAUUACUGCACUCCGUUGCACGGUGUGGACAAGUAAAAAUCUGACACUUUUUUGCCGUUUCUUUUACGUUUCUAAACAAUAUUAAUAUUUUUCUAUUGUAAACGUAAGAACAUGCUUUUCUCCAUACAUUGAGGCCAUUUCCACUGUUUUGGUUCGCUUUAAGACUCCGUUCUUCUAUUAUGAAUGCACGACAGAGCGCCUAUAUAAAUAAUGAUACUUUUCUGAAACUAUUAGUGUUUUUCUAGUUCUAUUUCUAAAUAAGGUAUGCACAGAAGCUAAACUACACGACAAAUAGUGUUUCAUACGUUCAGAACUGGAAAUGACCAUUCGGUGGUGGUCAUUUAUAUGACAUCAGGUAGAAUUUUCCAAACGGCAAAACAAUUUCAGCUCGUUUAAACGAAGGAAUCCCUAUCUGCGUUAUUACUGCACCUCAGGGCACCACAUCGCACAGAUCUACUCAUUUGACUUAUAGGAAUCGACAAAACCUCUGAUUGUCUUAAAAGUACCUUUGUGUUAGCAGGUCGAUUACCACGGUUAACAUCGGACAUAAAAUAAAUUUUCAAAUUCGGCUAAAUCUACUUAUUAAUACUCUCGCGAAUAAAUUACUAUCCUUUCAAUGAAAAAGUCGCUCAGAUGCGUAACCGGAGUCUAGGAAAUGUAUUAGCAUAGGAAACUGCAAGAAUAUAUUGCAUCGUCCAUUUUCGCCAAAUUUAUUAAUAUUUUACUUGAUAUAAUUAUGUAAACACAGUUAAUGCACAAGAAAAAUACGCUUCAUUGGUGGAUGUGGGUGAGUGAACAAAAUUCGCAACGUUAAAUACGUCCAGACGUACUGUACGGUGGACAUCGUCAGAAUCACGGUCGAACUUUUGCCCGGGUAAAGUCGCAGAACCUAAUUGGCAGUGUAAUUAUUUGUCUACUAUCUCGAAAUACUACCCGUUGCUUCAGCUUCGCGGUUACGGGGGUUUGUAUGAUAAAUGUUUUGACGAUAUUGCCGAUCGACCGACUUAUGACGAGAGCCCGGGAAAAAAACUUGAUCUGGUUUAAUGGUCCCCCUCCGUCCCAUGGUAUUACUGAAAGGCAUUACAGCUAACUGCCAAGCUGAUGGUUUGGGUGCCUCAAAGUGUUGACUGCUGAUCCACUCUCCUGACUACUCCGUUAAAAAAAACUAACAUUCGCACACUUUGCAAUAUAUAUCCCACCUGGAGGCCGGACCACAGUUAAACUCUUCCCUGACGCAUCCUGCUUGCUCUGAGAUGGCCGGGAUUAGAUUCUUUGGAGGUUGACUUACAGAUCGUACCAGAGGUUCAGUUCAGUUUAGUUUAUUGAGGGAAACAGGUGCAAGCCUCUGAGUACUCUAUUUGCGACGUAAAACUUGGUGUACGGAGACAAAUUGGGCGUGAGUCUCAGGGGUUGAGCUCAAUCUCUCAUCGUUCUUGUUCAUUUCGGGACAGGAGCCUCUCAAGAUUCCUUUUAAAGCUUUCUACCGAUUGAAGGUAAAGAGUUCCUACCAGCACACACUCAAUAUCAAACUCUGCUGUAGAUUCGGCCACAAUCAAGUUAUUGCUCCAACGUUCGUGUGCACUGGCUAUGAUUACUCAUUUCUGGUUUUGAUGCACGACCAAUACGGCUACUUGGCUUUGUCAGACAGUGAGCUGUAGUCAACAGCCAUCAUUGUGCUGUCUGUCGAAGUUAUCUGCGGACGUGCUCAUUCGCACUGGUUUUGCAUUCGCGUUUAGACGGUCACGGUCGUUUCUGCCCCAUGUAAUGCGAGAAGCAAUCGGACAGAAGAUCCUUAAACCUGCUCCCACAAAAUAAACUCAACCGAAGUCAGAAACUCCCUCCUUCACAGACGUGAUUUGGCAAUGCAAGUACACACCGUUACAUCUUCAAUGGUCAAGGAUAUCUGAGACAACAGUUCAGAAUUCUGUACAGAAUAGAGCCAUCCUUCUGGUUUCCUCAUCAUAACCUGACAUCCGAAAGCAAGCUUGAUGAUCGUGGCAUUUGCGUCGUCCAUAUUUCCUUAACCAGGACAGUAGCACAGAUUUUAGGGCUCAUAGCCGAGACGAUAUUGGACACACUGAUCUCCACGAAUCAUAAAUUUGAAUUCAUGGCAUGGUAAAUAGAGGAUACUAACCUCAGCACCCAAAAGGGCCAAGUGUUGACAUUUAACGAAUACACCGGUGUCGUCCUUCAGGGCAUACGUUUUAUGAUGGUGGAAUUAAGCAAACAGUUGGCCUUCAUUUAUAUCCUUGUCUGCCGCAAAGAUUGCUCAGGUAAACUACGAAAACGGCGCAAGUACCGAAUCGCACCAGCGCUUACUCAGAUUGCAGUAGGUAUGCUAACUUACGAAAUGUUAACCGAAAUUCUGAAAUGCGCUGUCGACUCGAAAAAAAUCACUUAUGUGGGUUGGUAAUACUGAUAACCGUGCAACAUAAUCCCAUAAUAAUUCAGUUACCUCAAAAUGUCGGCUUUCGAACGAACAUCUUUCCGAUCGAAUGCAAAAUUCCUACUCCGUAAAAAGUGACUACCUAAUUAACAUGCAUUUUUCUUAUUUAUUUUCGAAGCCCUUAAAAAUUCAAGUAUAUUUAAUAGAAAACAUGCAUAAAAAGAUUCAUUCGUUUACUUUUUCGGCAGAACAUUACGUCUUCUUCCAAUCUCAUACUCGUAGGAAGGGUAUUAUUCAGUUUAAAAAGUUUCUAAUUGUGGCAUUUUUGAUACUGUGGAAUGCCCGUUCAUAAAAUUUUCGUGUCUUUGUUUUUACUAAUUUUGUUUGUAACGUUUACAAUAUGGCCUAAAUCCACUGCCAAAUUUUAUGAACUCCAUUUAACCUCCUCUUAGUACCGUGAAGAAAUGUAUGGUUUUCCGUACGCGAAAAGUAUGCGACUUGUAGUUUGGGAACCGUAAAUGCAAGUUUAACAGCAGGUCGUGUUCAAAAUUAUUUGCGGAUUAGAAAAGUUGAUGAAAUUUGACUUAUACCUUUCCUUCGACUAUAAAGUUGAAAGAAGACGUAAUUUUCUACCGAAUGAGCAAGACAAUGAAUAUUUUUAUGCAUAUUUUCCUUGAAAUAUGAUUGAAUUGUUAAGAGUAUCGAAAAUCAAGGAGAACAAUUCAUGCUAUUUAAAUAGUUAUUUUUUACAGAGUACUGUUUUUGCAUGCGGCUAGAACGAAGUUCGUUCGAAAGCCGGCAUCUCGAAAUAGAUGAACUGUUAAAGAACUAUGCUGCAUGAUUAUUAAUUUUAAAGCCCUACUUAAGUACACUUUUUGAGACGCAAACGUAUUUGAGAAUUUUGGCCAACGCUUCCCGAGUACGCACACCUACUAUAGUCACGAACCUCAUGUGUAUCGGCGUCUCUGGUGGAAAGUGCAAAUUCACUAUAGCGAAUCCGAAGAUAAGGUUGCUGGAUUGCCCCACCUCCGACGGGUACUCCGAGAGAGAAGCCACAAACACAACUUUGUCAACUGGCGUGUAGGGACGAGAUUAGAGACAAAUCGCACUGCAGCGUACCCCUGUGCCAAGGACAUUCUGGGUAUUGUAAACUGUCCGUGCAUUCUACUCACACAAACAGAAGACGGCCAUCGGCAUGACCAAAGCACGUUCUGUGAGGGCAAAAGGCAUUCGGAGUCGUUGAGGGCGGAGAGGAAGGAAGCUUACGGUGUAAACGGACGCUCAGCUAGGUGUCACCAGUGAGAAGGAAUGACACUAACGCCAGUAUUUUAUCUCACGCGACCACUCCCUGAUACGCCUUUUAACUUAAUAAAGUCAAAAUCACGUGGUAGAUAAAAGGCGCGUGAGUCGCGAGAUGCACAGGUCAUGCAUGAACGACUUCUGGUUCACCAAUAAAACGCAGUGAUCUCUUCCCUCCAGCCUCCCUGUUCCUUCCUACAACCUUUUUUGCAGAACAGGGUGACUUGUCAUGCGGGGAACGCCUGCAUGAACACUGUUUCUAAUGGCAGUGAAUCGACUGGCCGCGUGGGUAUCAUGACAGUCGCCAACAUCAGUCAUGAACAUCCGCGAUGACUGCGGAGGGUUACUAAUUUAAGUAGCUGCGUGUCGCUGUAGCAAUGGCAUCCUAGACAUGCCAUUCAGCUGUUUAAUCGCAACCUUUAUUUGGUGCUGUUCGAGAGUGAAUGUAAAACUUUCGCGGAGUAAAUUAUUGUCCCAUCGAUAAAGCCUUUCUCUUUUCAGAUUCGAAAUAUUUGACGAACCUCGGAUGUGAACAGUAAAUUUGUCCGCACAGGUUUACAAGGUCAAAUCGCUCAGCUCAGCCUAUGCUUCGGCAGUUCAUCAAAUUUUGGAUGGAAUUAUAGCCAAAGAUUACUUUUGGCGUGGCCGUUGAUAGAGCUAGCAUUUCAAAGACCGUAAGCUUGGUCUAUGGUCUAUGCGUGACCGAUCUCAUGAAAUGUUGGCCGAAAUUCCGAAAUGUGUUUUCGACUAGGGAGGAUUAACAAUGCGGCGAUGUAGUAGUGCUUUUCAUGUAGCAAAAUCCUAUAGUACUUCGGACUCGCCAGGAUGUCGGCUUUUGAGUGCACUUCUUUCUGAUCUGCAGCAGAAAACGUACUCGGUAAACAAUGGCUACUUACGUAGCAUGCAUUUUUUACAUUGAUUUUCGAUGGUCUUACACAUUCAAGUAUAUGUCAUAGAAAACAUGCACAAAAAUGUGCUUUCCUUUACUUGUUUGGUAGAAAACUACAUUGACUGUAUAUUUUAUACCCCAAGGAAGGUUAUCUUUCGGUUUUCAAAAGAUUAGAGGUUUUUAAGACGGUACGGUGUCCAUAUAUACAACGCCGCACGUGUUAGUUUACCAAUGUUCCUCGUGAAGUUUACAACACAACCCGCAUCCAUUGCAUAAUUUUAUGAACCCUAUACAGUGUUUUCUUAAAGGUAUAGAGGAAUAUAUGAUUUUCCUCACGCGGAAAGCAUGCAGCUUAUAGACUGAAGUCGCUAACUGCUAAUGCAACGGCUGAUCGGGCUUAAAAUUAUUCGGGAAUUGGGAGCCUCUUUCGAAACCUAAAUAUACGCUCUGUUCGGGUAUAAAAUAUAAAGACAAUAUAGUUUUCUACCAAACAAGUAGAGGAGAGUACCGUUGCUGACAAGAGAUUGAAAUGAAAUGCACUCAAAAGCCGAGAUCUUGAUGAGUCCGAAAUACUAAAGUCUUAUGCUAUAUGAUAAGUAAUAUAACAACGCCACCUUAUUAAUCCUUCCUAGUCGAAAACGCAUUUCAGAAUUUCGGACAACAUUUCAGGCGAUCUGUCACGCAUUGUACACAUCUAUUCCUACCGUAGGAUGGCAGUUUCAAUUCCCCUGUCAACAAAGAUCAGCCCUCCACUGCAGCCUCAUGAAUCUCUCGGUCAUUUUCUAUUCCUGGAGGAUAUCUGCAAACGGAAGCACGCACACUAAACAGUUUCUCCACAGGUGAGGUCCUAUUUGUACCAGAAAAGGACUUCAUUGUGGAACAACUGUUUUGGAGUCUUGUUUCGUUGGCACUUUGCCAAAUUUAAGCCGUGUGAAUUUAUUUAUUUAUUUCUUGUAACAAUCAGUGCCAAAUGCUUCUUGGUGUAAAGUAGCUGUGCUAAAAGUCAGUGUUUACUCUACGUUAGACGUUCGAACCAUUUAUUCCGAUCGUAUUAGGUCAGCCAAACCGUAAAGUACGUAGUGGUCAUGUCCGGAAACAGACUUCCCCAUGGCGGCAGAGCAUUUGUGGAAAAAACCAUCCCGUAAAAUAAAGGAUAGAGCCAGACACAUCACGUAUGGUACAAAUCCGACAUUUUAUUUGCCGAACUACACGUCAGGUUCGUGACUACAGUAGGUAUGCUAUCUCAGGAAACUUUAGCUGAAAUCCUCAAAUGCGUUUUCGUCUCAAAAAUUUUACCUAACUAGACACAUCAUGUGUAGUUAAAAUCGGACAUUUGAUUUUCCUAAAUCCCUUUCAAGGAGCCAAUGCUGCAUAUUUACCUAGGGAGUUGGAAUUUGGAAAUCAAGAGAACAAAAGAGAAACAAGGAUAAAUAUGUUGGUCGACAAUUGCUUCUGUUCCAUUAAAAAUACUUCGAAUUUAAAAGUUUUCUGCAGCAAAGGUUAAAUUUGAGUACGCCGGCUAGAAGUAUUUUCGUAAUUUUAAUCGACUACUAAUAAAUAUUUCACACUGACUGGAGAAGAGAAGACAAUGAAAAAAUACUCAAAUUUAUUAGCAAUAAACCAGCAUUUACUUGCCUGUAGACACCAGACAGAGGCAGAAAUCGGGAAAAAAAACACGCGAAAACCAAAAAGAAGUUCUUUUGCUAUGCAUGAAGUCGAAAAAAGGUCUUACUUGCUUCAGCAGACAAAUGUUCAGACAUCUACGCCAGUUUUUGAUACUAAGCGAUCAGUAAGGAUUAGAAAGAGGAGGAUGGCUGGGAAAUCAUGCCCAGGGGGACGCAAACGCACCAACCAUCAGGCAACCAGGUGUCAGAGGACUUCCAGAGUAUACAAGGCUGCGAGGGCCAUGGUUUGUUGGCCAUGGCUCAGCAGAAUCAUUGUCUUACGGCAUAUCCACAAGAUACUUCAGUCGCGCCGGAUGCUGGCUUUUGAAAGGCCUUCUUCCAUUUAAUUUGCGAAAACUAGACUCUGCAAAAAAAUGACCACUGAAAUGGUGUGAUUUCUUCACGAUGUUUUUAUAAAUGCGAAGAUAUUUCAUAAAAAACAUGAAUAAAAAUAAACUUUUGUGCUAAUUUGGUGUCCAAUUAUAUUUUUUCAAAUAUUUUGCUUAUGGAAACGGUAUUUUGGUUUUAAAAAAUUUUUGGGCGACUGUAAAUAACUCCGCUCAAAUGCCAGCACCCACUGUUCCACUUCUCUUACAAUUUUACUGGAUUCGUGAGUCCAAAAAGUGCGUCUGAUGUGGAAGAAACAAGGUAGCAGACACGCAGUGGAUGUGCAUCGGAUAUGAAGUCGACUUUUUCUUGUUUAAAAAAACAUUUCUCUCAAUACGAGUGAAAAUGCGUUUCCCAGGAAGCUUCGGAUUCUUAGGAGACUCGAUCGCCUGGGCGAGAAUUCCGUUCGCCCGUGAUUUCGCAAUCACGCCCUCACCCGCAUCCUUCUUAACAUUUUCUUGGUAUUGCCUCGCUGGGCGCAGAGUAGCGUUGCUAAUCUUAUUUUGCUUCCUGACACCAUAUUUUAAUCACCACUGAAAAUAUUAUGUGUGCAUUUUUUCCUUUCACAAAGGUACUCGUCGCUUUUCAAAGGACGUUAAAAGCAUGCUUGGUUUCAGCCCCGGUCUGUUUUGGCAAAUUUGUUGGACUUUCGUCAGUCCUGUCUUCCUCUUGGUAGGUCGACGUUUAAAUAUGAAGUCGAACAGAAAAGGCAAAUGGUAUUGCUUUUAUUAUCGGUUUUUUCGAUUUGAAGACUUUUUGACCUUAGUACUAACUUUAGGAUGAGAAAUUGACAGAUAGUCUGCAAAUAAACAGAUGAAACAGCAAAGUUCACGUGUUUUACACGCAUGCGAUCUGAGAUUCUAUGCUCUGGUAGAGGCCAGAACCAACAUAUCACCAAUCAGAAACAAAAACACAGACACCAGUUUGCUGUUGAGAGGAAAAGGAGGGGAACAGUUCGAUCUCUCUGACCCCUGAUGUUUUCCCCCUCCAAAUUAGCGCAGGUACCGAUGUGAAGUAUAACAUUUAACUUGAACAAGCGUGCCUGCCGCUAAAAAUCUAGGGAGAACCGUCAGGCAGCGGGCUGAUAAAAACAUAAUAAUCUGAAUGCAGUUCGAUUUUGAAACGUCUCCGGAAGUCUGUUUUGCUACCUGCCCAUACCCCCGUAAAAGUGGCUACUCAGGCAGCUGGAACUUUUUCCAGUGAUUGUCUAUGAUUUUAUGAAUCUACGAAUAUUUUAUAGAGGGCAUGCACAGAACUACCACUUCUUAUGCUCACUUUGACGAGGACCUAUUAGGUGACGGCAUGUCUUUAUUGUGAAAGAUUCCUACUUACUUUGUUAUGGCGGGUAUUUAACACUAGGGUCCGUCGUCGAUAGGCGUUUAGAGCCAGAAUUAGGAUUUAGAGUUGACUUUCGGACCAUACGGUUAGGGGUGGCAUUUACGGUUAGAUUUAGGGUUAAGGUUAGAGCUAGGGGUAAGAUGUGGUUAUGUAGCCCCACCUGAUGGACACAGUACUGUUGGAGUUGGGGUUAGAGCUAGAGGUAGGGGUUGGGGUUAGGGGUUAGAUUUAGGGUUAGAGGUUAGGGUUAGGGCUAGGGCAACUAUUUUUCAACCAUUCGGAUUGAAACCACGCAUGCCCAAUAGUCUUUCUUUCGCGUACAAUUACUUGACCUCGUCGCCCGUGCGUUCCUCGGCCCCAUCUGCAAAAACCCCUAUUACCACCGGUCCCGUAUAACAGGUAGCUGGGGUUUGUAUACCUCGGGAGAAACUACGUAACCACGUCGGACCGUGUUAGCUUAGAUGUGGGGGUAAGGGUUAGAGGCAGGGUUAAGUUCGCCCUCCGCACACUAUCUCACCCAAUCCGAUUAUCAUUACCUAGUAGUCAAGGCUUUUCUGUUUUCCGCCGGUUUACGUGUUUCUAACUCGUGUCUUUCAAAUGUGGAGUCUGUUCCGGUACCUUGUAGGACUAAUAAAACAAACAUGUAUUAGAAAUGCGAGUAUUCUUAAUGUCUUCCGCAAACUUCGUUAAUAUCCUUGUUCAUUUGCCCUAUUGAUAAGACUAAUAAUAGCAUCCCUUCCUUUUAAAAGGAGUCACUGUGAUCCAAAUUAUCAGUGGAGUUGUAUUAUAUCCUCAUUUUGUAAUAACUUGCGUCCACUAGUACACAAAGUGGUCCAUGCAAAUUGCUCGAUUUUAAGAGUCCCCUAUGUGCCCUUCUUAAUGGCAUUUGUAUUUUUCAUAAAACUGACGGCCUGCGGUUCAUAAUUGGGAAGCCUAAACGCAAGUACAGCGGCAAGUUGGGAGUUGAGAAAUAUCUUAAGACUGAGUGAUAGGUUAACUUGAAGUACAGAAUUCGAAGAAAGCUUACUUUUCGACAAGGAUUAUACAAGAAAAGAUAUGAUUACGUACUUUUUCUACAAGAUAUGUCUGAAUCUACAGAUGCCUCGGAAAUCAAUGGGUGACAUGGAUACUGCUUAAGUAGUCAUUUUGGCGAGGGAGGUUUUUGGGGCAGCUAGAAAAACGCGCGGUCAAAAGCUCUUACUCCGGAGUGAACGAGUUACCUUUUGGUUUGCUGCAGGAUUAUCAAUAUCAUAACCCCAUCUACUUAAUCCUUUCUAACCCAACUCACAUUUCAGAAUUUUUAUUACGGUUUCAUGGGGUACGUCGCCUGCUAUAAGUCAAUCGAUCACCUUAGGUAUCUUGUUCAGGUACUGUUAUAACCCGACCUGGUACUCGUUAAUAACACUGACUAAUGUCCCAAACCACUGACAUGGAAAAGAAAACGACACGGUCGGCCAAGACAAAAUGCACCGAAACCUGCAAGUCAUUUUAUCUGGAAAACUGUGUACACUUAUAGCCUCGUGUUCAGAUUGGCUAGCAUUCUAUCCAAUGAGCUCCAAAAUGCAAGGGCUAGUAGGAUCGGGGAAGUUCUGCAGACAUGAACCAAUCAGUUUCUAAGACAGCACUGUGGCUGCGGCCAAUGGCGAGACGCUGUCGAGAGCGUGCGGCUAGGACGCGUGCGCGUGCUUUCUAGCGUGAUUGAAAGGCGCUUUCUUGUGAAUGCGAACAUUCCGCUCUGUUAUUUCAGGUGAGAUCACGAUCCAGGUUUAUGAAAUGCAAAUGGGGGCCCUUAAAACAAUGUUUCCAGCGAGUGAUUUCAUUUGAUCUUUUAGUGUUUCAUUUUCUGGGCUGGGUGUAAGUCUGCCGGGAAUAGAUAAAUAAACCCAGAAGGCUGCAGCAGCUAGGGCACUGAGAUGCAUCAUAGCUGCAACAACCAUCAGACCAAACUCCAGAAGAUGGAAAAUAGUCAGUAGGAGAAGUCUCUUCAGUGCAAGGUCCGGGGGCUCUAGCUCCGGUCAGCAGUGUCCGCUGAGCAAGCCAGGGCGCUAGUUAAAAGCAGUGCCUCAGACCUAAGGCGGGGACAGUGAGUGAAAGUCUCCGUGAUCGGCUGUCGCGUGUGUUUGUUUAAAACGCAACCAGAGACAAGCGUGAGUGUAAUGCGUCGUCACGUACGCCAUGCAUGCCUGCAACCGAAUGCGAGCGCGCGCACGUGUGUGCGUGUCUGUCAUGACGCUGGUCGUGCCAAUCAGGCGGACUGCACGAGGCUCAAAGAAUGGCCUUGAAGCAGAUGGAACGCGUGCACGUGGCGUCUGACCGUUGGAGAAAGGAGAGGAUGGGCGGCGCCGCCUCAGCUGUCGGAUGCGGGGCCACGCCUCACGCUCGUUUCUAGUACUUUACUGGGUGCUUUUGAAAAUGGGCCAUUCUUGAAGAAAGAGACACGACUGCUGAAACAAUAGUUUUAUUCGCCCGACGCUUCGGAAUUCUGCUAUGACCCAUCAUCAGAGACAAGAGUUUUAUUCGCCCGACGGUUCGGACUUCUGCUAUGACCCAUCAUCAGAGACAAUAGCGGGAUCACUCUCCAAACGCAAACCAACCACAGAGGUGGGGAAGGGGGAUUUGAAAGUGGGUCCUUUGGUUAUCGAAUCCUAUUAAGUCUAUUUCUCUCUCAUUGAGCCACAGACCAGUUGUUCUGCCGGCUGCGAUCGAGAAUAUUACCUUUGCUGGAAGCGCGCCCACCAAUCGGUCAAGGUCUUGGGGUACGAUGGGACGAGCAGGUCCCGAAACUUGACCAGCUAACGCCUUUCAAAGUAAGCUUAUAGUUCCUAUCGCAGAUGUGGCUCGAUGUUGAAGGGCCCUUAACUUGCUAAAUCUCAGUGACCAAUAAGAUCGCGGAUUAAAGGAUUAAGUACAGCAAAGAACUGUGGUGGGGCUGACUGAUGACGGAGGACGAGCCGGAAAUUGUAAUCUCCGUCCUCCUUGUCGAUGAAUGCAAUAUCACAGUACGAGCCUCAAAGAACCGAAAUCUUUUUCAGUAUUAUCAGCUGUGGAAAUUCAGGCAGUGAAGCCUCUGAAAAGUGACAAAGCAUUACCAUCUUUCCUACGGACAAAAGAAACUACAUUGCGAUUUUGAACAGAACAGAUAACAAUGGCAAGAUGUUAUCACUGCCGGGAGAUAGUUAAAAUUAUAAGGCUCUUAACGCAACCCGACCAAAGCACAGAGUUCAGGAACUGAUAAAAGUUUGAAGUGUUUUGUAGAAAAAAAACGACUAUCAGGAGAGAUUCCCAAAUCUCUUAGACAAAAAAAACCGAACUUUGCCAAGAUUUAGGAACUUGUCGGAAGUUUACAAACCCAGUGUACCAUUGCGGCCGAUAUUGCCACUCUAAAUGGCGACUCCACGAGCUCCAACCACUAGCAAAGGAUUGUCAAACUUCAAUCCAGAAUGAUAGAGAAUUUCUAAACAAUUUUAGUGUUAGAAGAUGCCAUAUUAGCAUCACAGGUACUAACCAAAGGCCCAUACACGCGUGUUUCGCGGAUAUCCUGCCGCUGCAUGGCACAGCUGCGAGGUGUUCGGAUCUUCAAAGGGUCCCCUAGCAUUCCCCGUGUGCUUUCUGGUAGAUACUCCAGUUUUUAGACGUUGUUGUUCUUUAAUUUCCUCAAAAUAUCGGCGAAACACGCGUGCUCGGGCUUUUAGCCACCAUCUGUGGCGCUAAAAUAUACUAUUAGCUGUCUGUCGGCAGUUAAUGAAUGUUACGCAGUCAUCCCGCUGUGACCGAUGGACUUCGGCCCAGAUAUUCAUGCAACGAAUUUCAGUCUGCGCCUAUAGACCCUAGUGUAAACUGAUCCACUCCAAGUAACCAGUUAAUUUCGCAGGACAUUAAAAAGCAACAAUCUUUGGACUAGUUAUGAAGACUCAGGACUUUGGUGGACGAGAUAAUGAUAUUUUUCGAAGUUUUCUUUCUCUCUUUGCGUCAAUUCACAUUUGUCAAGGCAAUGCGAAAAAAACUUGGUAAAGUGCGGUUUGGUAGCUCCACCUGGUGGACACGAUACUGUCCGGGUUGGGGUUAAGGGUUAGGGUUAUGGGUAAGGGGUUAUUGUAAGGGGUCAGGGUUAGGGAUUAGAGUUAGGGGCUAGGGCAGUUAUUUUUCAAGCAUUCAAAGUACAACCACGCAUUCUAAAUAGUUUUUCUUUCGCAUACAAUUACUUGCCCUCGUCUCCUGUGCGUUCCCCGGCCCCACCUGUAAAAAGCCCUAUUACCACCGGUCCCAUAUUAGAAGUGACUAGGGUUUUCUUUCCUUCAGGCGGGGCCUUAUUAUUAUUUAACCCUAAAUUGUGCGUGCGCUAUGUAGAUGACUGCUUAUUGUUAAAAGGGUUCAAGUGGAAACGCUGCAUAGCGUUAGUAAAUCAACACUACCAGGAAUCACUUUUACGAUAGGAAAAAAGUUGGCACCAAACUUUCGGUUCUUUAUAUUCUCGUACAGCGAAGGACUGAUGAGACAUUCCACACAUCAGUGUACCCCAAAGAAAACUUAUGAGAUGGCUAUCUUAAAUUAUAAGAGCAACCAUCAUAAACGAAAUACUGCCAACAGCCUAACUAAAUGAGCAAAGACACGAUGCUCUUAAAACAAGAUUUAUUAAAUAGAAUUUACUUACUUGCUUGAACUGUUUUCCUAAAAUGGCCACCUAUAAUUUUUGUGUCCCCAUCCAUAAAGCGACAGGGAACAGAAUAAAAACACAGGUAAUUAAGCUGCUCUGGUCUGGUGCCGAAACCAAUAAAACUGAUAAACACUUCUUCACAUUUACCAUGUGUCCGAACUCAUUGAAAGACACCUGAAGAAUCACCGAUAGUCCGACUGCCGUGACCAACGGGGUCCACCGUGCGCGUCGCAGCAAAGUGAGGCAGGCGCGGAGGCUUGCACAGAAUCUACCACACUCCCUCCUCCAUCCCCCGGUCCUGGUGUCAAGACAGAGUCAAGAAGGCCGGACUCCUCGCUGCCGCGCCCCGCAGCGGCAGAAUAUCAGCGACACAUGUGUCUGGGCUUUUAGUUUGCAUCUAUGGCGGGAGUACGGUAUGACGACCCGUCAUAUAUGUUCAUACAAAUACACAUGCGGUAGAGGGCGCUCACCGAUCGUUCUUAUAGAACUCACUCGUCCCGUUGUGCCUUACAGACUCUCUCUCGAGCCCGACCGGCAGCCGCGCAGCGGCGCGCGAUACAGGCAGAACGUUAUUACCGAUAAAGACAAGGGAUAUCGAAAUGGCCACUUCUGGUUUAUUAUCCGUCGUCAGCCAGUCAUACCCAACCCCAAAGUGUGCAACACCUGGGGCUCAAACUUGCGACCUGUUAGUUCGAAGUCCAACGCCUUUAACCACUGGGCCAUGGGCUCGUUUUCCUGUCGGCUUUGAUCGGAAAUAUACAGUGUCAGAGAGGCGUUCACUGGUCGUUCUUGCGGAACUCACUCGUUCCGUUGUGCCUUACGGGCUCUCUCUCGAGUCCAACCAGCAGCCACACAGCGGUGCAUGAUAUAGGUUAAUAAACCAGAAAUGGCCAUUCCAGUCUCCCUCUUCUUUGCCGCUAAUAACAUACUGCCUAUCUUAUGCGACGCUGUGCGGCUGCUAGUUGGACUCGAGAGAGAGCCCAAAAAAGGCACAACGGAACAAGUGAGCUCCGUAAGAACGAUCGGUGGGCGCCCCCUACCAUUGAAUAGAUAGCAUAUGAACAGGUGAUUUUGGAAUACAGAAAAGGAUUAGCAAUCAGGCAUGAUUAAGAAAGGGGAAGGAUGGGAUGAAAAGUGCAUGAUGAUCUGAGAGAGCUGGAUUUUCUGAGCUCAACGGAAGUCUUCAUGCCUUGGCUGUUCGAAUGAUAGUUGGCAGACGAAACUUGGUUGACAGCGGUGUGAAAAUGUAAAAUAAGUUCCCCUCUCCCCCAAUAGGUACUUUCCGAUAUACCUAAAGAGGUUUAACGAACAGUACGGAGGAGAAUUUUCUGCAAGAUAAAAACUACAUUUUUUCGUCGCUGAAAAUUCCCGUUUUCUUCUCAAUGGCCAAGAAACUUGCUUUGACAAGAUAGCAGUGAAAAAAUAGUCCCUAUCGAAAGAUAAAAACCGCCAAGUAACUGAAGCAGUGCCUUCCAUAUGCAUUGGGGUGCCGAACCAAUUCAAAAACCUAGUAUUUGGUCUACUACAGCCAAGUAAAGCGGAUACGCUUGAAUCGCCGCUGCGAUUGUUUUUACUGAACGCACUCGUCCCUUAAGGACUCUCUUUCUCUCUUGAGCCUAACCAGCAGCCGCAAGGCGGCACAUGAUAUAGGCAGAGUGUUAUCACCGAAAAAGACAGUGGAGUCUGGAAUGGAAAUAUAUAUAUAUCAGAAGGGUAAGAUAGAGCUUGGGAGGCAGAUCAAUACGGGACUGUUUUGGGUUUGUUUGCCUUUAUCUAGCCAAUCACAACUCUGACCACCAUCUGGGACUGAAAACUCAAACAUGCACACUCACAUAGGGCGCAGAUGGCUCACCUCCUGGGGUUUACCUCCCUACUAUCAUAGCUUUGUCUAUUUCGGUCUGGCAGAUGGUUGCCUGUUCGGGACUCCUGUUACCCAUAAGAAGCUUUUUUGCUUCAGGAGGACAAUAGAUCUGUGUCCGAACUAGUUGAAAGACACCUGAGGAAGCACCAAAUACAUGUGGCGCACAAGCCGACGACUACACUUCGUAACCAGCUUGCACACCCUAAGGAUAGGGUUGGCUAUUUAGAAAAGAAGGAAGUCGUCUAUAAGAUACCAUGCAACACCUGUAAUGCAGUUUACUGUGGUCAAACUGGGAAAUCAGCCUCUACGCGAAUACACAAACAUCAGUUGGCCGUAAAAAGGCGUGACCACUUGUCCCAAGUUGCCAUGCAUACGUUGGAAACGGGACACAAAUUCGCCUGGGACAGGACCCGCAUUGUAGGUGUCUGCUCAUCCAAAAAGGGUCGUGAAUUUUUAGAGGCCAUCCAUUCUGAUAGCGCAUGCAUCAAUCGACACGUAGAAUUGGACACGGUGUACAACAGCCUCAAGGAAAAGUGGAAAAGGCGUUAGCCAAUCAGAACAUUACAUCAGCAGGAGUGACAAGGCAAAAUCGAUUUUUUCAGCGUGUUUAAAUGUUAACUGUUUUGCACACUUACUUCACGUCUGAAGACGACUUGGGGAACCAAAAUCGAAAAUUUACAAUAAAACUUGUUUAUCUUUCCCAAAGAGCUUAUUUCUUUCGAAGGCAAAGACAAGGGGUACUGUAUAUAGGUAAUAUUCUCAUGGAUUCCUGCGUUUUUAUUUCAGGGAAUCUUCGUAUUAAAUAUAUUCUUCCACACUGAAGUCGAGGUCACAGUCAUGGGAAAGACGGUGCUCACAAAUGGCUGGGUUCGAGCAGUAUCAUGGCUCCUCAUAUUCUCAUCCAUCUCCAUGAUUCCAAUCUUUAUGGUGGUCGGUCUCCUGAGAGCGCGGGGGACUUUCUAUCAGGUAACAUUCGCACAACCAUUCUUCCCACUGUUUGACGAUAUUACUUCGUUUUUGCAGAAUCCAUAAUCUCAUCAGAAUGAAAGGGUGCAUUUAUAGUGCAUGUUCUGUUAAAGGAUAGCUGUGCAACCUCGAGGAAAUCUUUCUGGUGCACCCCAGAUUUCCAGAAGUACUUCUAGAAGUUUCAUUCUAGCCCUUCAAAUAUGACAGUUCUGACAGAUGACUGAAAGCAAAAGGACAAUAUUUGUUCAUUUAGGAUUUUUCGUCUAAAAAGGCGUGUAAAAUUUGUAAAGGAGACCUGUUAAAAACCGGUGACUCGCCUGACAAAGCUUAUUUUAGUCUGAGUGGAGGAUCGGCUGGCAUCUCAAGCCGAACCAGCAACUGCUGGUCGGCAGUACGACGGACUUUUAUAGCUGCUUUAGCAUUUAAUUUGCAUUGCUAAACACUUUUCGUAGAGAGAGAGAGGUCGAGAGAGAAGACUUGAAAUAAGCCCUCAAAUACAGUUCUCCUUUUUUCAAAGGGGACUUGGGGUAAGAUUAAGACUUUGUGCUCGAUGACAGAAUACCCACUUAAAAAGUCCAGGUUUGACCGGUGACGGUGGCAUCCACUGCAAACAAAUUAUCAGAUCAUUUAAAUCCCCGCUACGUCUGGCUACUACUUUCGGAUUCGCCUGUACUAUGCUCCUAAAGGCUGGGGUUUAGCCCAGCUAGAAAUCUUUCGCUAGACGUCACUCUGCGCUAAGAAAGAGCUGUAAUCAUUUAAAAACUGUCCAAAUUUUAUCACUUUAAAACUGCUGUGACUGUGUUGGCUCUAAUGUUCGCACCUUUGCAGAGCGAAGUUCAUGAGUAGCCCCCAACGAGGUGCGAGCUUUUUGUAAAUAGAACUACUAAAAACGGAAAUUGGUUUUUCUGGAAUAGGACUAAAUAGGACGUCACCAUAGUAGCUUACAUGACAGUUCUAUUGUGUUUCUUUUGCCAUCUGCCUCCAUAAGAAGAAUUAUUAUCAACCUAUACUAAACGCUACCUUAUUUUAUAAAUGCAACCAUGGUCAAGGGUAGGCUAUUUGACCCCCUGUGUGGUUGGUGUGCUUCAUAACGGUUUGCCUGGUAGAAGGUCGCAAAAGGGUUGUGCAGAAAGCAGCUUUUGACCUCCAAUAGCGUUAUCGACAUUGAAGUUGCCCAUUUGUGUCUCAAGGUUAAGGUCUGGACAACGGUGUUAAAUUGGUUAGUUAAAAUUGGUGUUAGUUGGCUUAUUCUUGGGGAUAUGAUUUCCAGGCUUGGGCUAUGGUUUCAAUUUGGAAUUGAGGCUAGGGUUAGAGUUUUAAGGCUUGGCUUAUGACACCGGUUACAUCCGACUCUUUUUUAAUGCCUACAGGUUAAAGAUUUACCACCGAAGACAUGGCCAUGGUUGGCGGUAGGUUUGUAGCUAACUACACUCUCCCUCUAGGGAGUUACAUACCAUACCCUUGCCCAACGAUGUCAUUGAAGUUGCUGCCGCCGUUGUUGCCGCAUCGCUUAAACGAACCGGUGAUUGAUCCAAAACCCACUGUUUCUCCCAAUUGCUGUGCAGCAGAUUGUUUCAGCUAACUUCAAAUUUCCUUUCUUCUGUUUGUCCCCUGUUGAUGCAAUUCACCCCCACUCUUGGAAUUUAUUGGGGGGUCAAUAUUCCUGCAUCCAAUCUGUGGAGUUACUUUAAUUUAGUUGAACACUUGAAAAUACUAAAAAGUUCGUCGACUUAGAGCCUUGUUUCUUUUCUCUAUUUCAGCGAUGCGUCGCACUGAUUACUCCUGGCAUUCGUCCAACUUUCUCGGACUUCCAAGUUCACACACCGGAUCCGGACAAACAGUCCGCCUAG